UAAUGCCAAUCUAAAUGCAAAUACCAGCCCAUUCUGCUGCUAUCAAAUGCGGAGCGACGUCAUUUUCCUAUAUUAGGCUCGGUGUGAAUACGCUCUAACAGACUGGCACGUGCAGCAGAGGGCAUGAACACUCAGUCAAAGCAGCAUGUCUGAGGUCUGAAGUUCUCAACCCAGGUUGAACUCCGAGAACUUUCUCAUUGAGUUAUGCACCUGCAACAACUCCGUUCACCGUCCGCACUGGCCAACAAACCAGUGAGUGUGGACAAUGAUUUUACGCACAUCACCGCCGCGGGGGACGCGCGCGUCUCCUCCUCCGAUGACACACUGGAGAACGAGCCACCUUUCAAAAGACUCUCCACAGGGAUGAGAAACACGCAAAACGCUCUGGACUGCGUCUCCGCGGCACGGGAUGACAGUGACGGCGCGGACAAGUGUAAUUUACCUGAAUCAAGUCAAGCGCGGACAGAUUUCGCAUCGUCUUCUGCAAUGUUCUCGUAUUCAGGUCAGCAUGUAGUGCCCGCGCUCCCGGCACUCUCCAGUCACUACAUGACAACUCACCCGGUCAUCAGCAACGGGCCGUACAACGGGCUGAGCUACGCGUACUCACAGCCGUACGGACAAACUUACACAAACGCCGCAGUCUAUCCUUUCCACCCGGUGCCCGGUAAAGCGCAGGUUUACCUGUGUAACCGGGCGCUGUGGUUCAAAUUCCACAGACACCAAACAGAAAUGAUCAUUACUAAACAGGGACGCCGGAUGUUUCCGUUUCUUAGUUUUAGUGUUUCUGGUCUUGACCCGAUGUGCCACUAUAAUAUUGUUGUGGAUGUGAUUCUGGCGGAUCCGAACCACUGGAGGUUCCAGGGCGGAAAAUGGGUUCCCUGUGGCAAAGCGGACACGAAUGUCACCGGUAAACCCCCUGUUACGGGAAACCAAGUAUACACGCACCCGGACUCUCCAAACACCGGCGCGCACUGGAUGCGUCAGGAGAUCUCUUUCGGAAAACUGAAGCUGACAAACAACAAGGGAGCUUCCAGCAACUCCACUCAGAUGAUCGUUCUACAGUCUCUUCAUAAGUAUCAGCCGAGGGUCCAUGUGGUUGAAAUAAACAAGAGUGGAGAUGAAGAUACAAGUGAUCCUGAUCGAGUACAAACGUUUACCUUUCCCGAGACGCAAUUUAGAGCCGUCACAGCUUACCAGAACACAGAUAUAACUCAACUAAAAAUUGACUACAAUCCAUUUGCUAAAGGAUUUCGGGACAAUUAUGAUUCAAGUUACAGUGGCUGCGACGCUGACCGACUGACCCCAACACCCGGCGACUCUCCACACUCUCAGCUGCUGCUUGGCUCACGGUACGCAAUGACAAGCGCCUUAUUCCAGGAGCAGUUAGUCAACAGUUACACAAAAUCCUGUUUUACAACUCUUAGCCCUGACCCUGGCACUACUGACCGACCAUUCAUGCUUACUAACAGCCUAUCGGACCAAACCCAAGAGAGCAGCAACUCCGGACAGCGCUGGUUUGUGUCGUCCUCGGCUGCUCCAUCAUACGAAACUGAUAUAAACACAGCAGCUCUGCUCUCUUACGCCACAGCGGGGGUCAAAGGUCUGCCUUUUACUAGUACUGGUGGCACUGGUAACAGUUUGGAUUACUACACCAGUGCUGCUGGAUGGGAUUCAAGGGGUUCGCUAGAGAACAGCAGCAAAACCGCCUCAAAUCUGCCUGGUUGGGUCAUAGAUACGACUCUUGGAAGAUCGACACAAGCGAAUUACAUGCUCGAGGAUGGAAAUAUGUUGGAAAUAGACAGAUCUGCUCUGGAGGUUUCCGAGGAGCUUGAAGGAAAAGAUGCCACGGAUUCGACAUGGACCGAGACUCAAUCUUCCAUUAAAUCAGUCGAUUCCGGUGAUUUAAGGAUUUUGGAAGAAGCGCAACAGAGAAAUUCCUCUAUCACUCUUGUUUCAGAUGUUCAGACUGCAAAAGACAUUCAGCUCUCACAGAACAGGGAAAGAAAUGUGAUCAAAGAAUCUGACUUUUUUCAUUUUGGCACUCAAACGUAAACCUGCCAUGGGCUGAGUGUGCAAUUAAAAUGUUGUUAGUAUAGAAAUAACAUUAUGUAUACGAUAUUUAUUUAUUUUAAUGUUAAUGACACCAUUGCUGCACCAUGUCUGAGCUGAGUAUUUGGUGUAUUUUUGUUUUCAGUGGUGUUAAUAUGAAAAAAAGAGAGGAUUAAUAGACAUUAAUAGACCGUCAUGAGUGUUUGUUAAAACAUACAGUCCCAAUAUAAUAUAUCUAGAUACAUUGUUAUUAGCUUAAAAUCACAACAGUGUUUGAUAUGGGAAUUAUGAUCGUGAUCUAUCAAAACAGAUAGAUUAGAUGCGUAUUGUAAAAUAUGUUAAUGUGAAGUCAUGACAUUCUGCAGGUGCCAGAAUGCUUGAUGUAUAAUGUUAAUAAAUUGUCAGAUGUUUGAGUA